CGCACACCGGCGUGAGCGCCGGUUUGAACACCGGGGGGCGUUAAACACCGCCCCCAUCGACGUGAUAAGGGCGUCACCGGGUCGGCGUAAGUAGUUUGACGCAACUCCCUCCCCCCUUAACGGCUCUAAUAGCCGUUGAAGACCAAAAAAGAAAAUUUAAUUUUUUAAAUAAAUUUCAACCCCCUCUCAUUCUCUCACACCUUCAAUCUUCUUCACACAUUCUUCAAUUUCAAACUCACCCCCUCUCUUUUGAACAUGAAUCCUUCCGGGUCCAGCUUUUUUCCUGACAAUCUCGCACCAAGCGAUGUCGCGAUGUUGUAUUUCCAAGAAUUGGGGGAUCAUCCGCCAAUCUUCGAGACUCAACAAUUGGGGUACGUCGAGCGAGAUUCGGUUCCGGAGACUGAACUGGAACCAUCCGACUCGAAAAAAAGUACACGCUGGAAAAGCCACAAAGCAAAAGGCACGAUGACGGAGGCGGUACGGUCAAUCCAAAAGUGGACGCCAGAGGAGGAGUGCUUAUUGGCAUCGGCUUGGGCUGAUGUCUCCGAGCAUCCUAUCAUUGGUUCGGAGCAAACGAAUGAUGCGAUGUGGAAUCGUAUCGAGGAGAAAUUCUUCACGGCGAUGAACAACGACGGCUCCUACCGUACCCGGGACCAACUCACUUCCAAAUGGAGCCACAUCAACCAUAAAGUCCGAAAGUUUAUCGGAGUUUACGAGGAAUGCGCUCGUUCCCAGAGGAGCGGGACGAACAAUGCCGAUGUCCUCCGGCUUGCCGCGACCCGGUAUCAAGAUGACGAGCACCAAGGCAAGCCGCAACCGUGUCAUAAGAAAGAGAGAGCGGAGGAAGGAGAGAACAAACAGUGCGUAGAUUUCAUCCCUUCGCCGUAGCAGGUCGCCGACGGCUUGCGGUGCUUGGGUCGUGCUCUAUCUCAAAGCCUAUCUCAUGCAGAAGAAGUUUUCCUUUCACUCUGAUGGCCUUGAUGCUUGGCCGACAACCAUAAAUAUUUCCGAGCUUCUCGGAGAGCGCCGACACCAAGACUGGACGCUAAGUGGUCCUUUCAUCUUGCCCUUCAAUCACGGGCCCUUUAUAUGAGCUUGAUAUCUCUGCAUCUGUUUAACACAACUCAAGAAUAAUUAUGUAUUCAAGCAGGUCUAGUU